AUGAAUACUGAAACUAAAAGUGAAAAAUCAUCAGCUGAGACAGCUGCUGCUCCUCUAUGGAAAUAUGUUACUAAGUUAGAAAAAGCAAGUGUUGGUGGUGGGAAUGUUGCUUUCAGAUCUAAUAAUAAUUUAGCGGGCUAUAUUCCUCCGGGUUACAAUAAAUUAAGAACAACUCUGUUGCAAAAAGAGAGGGCACAUAUUGAGAAGUUGUUGAGGUCAAUUAAAGACACUUGGAAAGAAAAGGGUUUAAGCAUUGUAAGUGAUGGGUGGACAGAUGUACAAAAAAGGCCACUUAUCAAUUUUAUGGCUACAUCAGAGAAAGAGCCACUUUUUAUCAAAUCCAUUGAUGGUACCAAAGAGUACAAAGACAAGCGCUUCAUUGCUGACUUGUUUCUAAAGGUCAUUGGUGAGGUUAGGCAUCAACAUGUUGUCCAAAUUAUUACUGAUAAUGCCUCUGUUAUGAAGGCUGCAGGAUCUAUUAUUGAAGCUAAAUAUCCUCAUAUAUUUUGGGCACCUUGUGUUGUGCAUACCCUCAAUUUGGCCUUAAGGAAUAUAUGUGCACCUAAGAACUCUUUGCAGAAUGAGGUUGCAUAUAAUGAAUGUAACUGGAUUGCACAAGUUUCAGAUGAGGCAACUUUCAUUCGUAUUUUCAUCACAAAUCAUUCUAUGAGAUUAGCAAUUUUUAAUUCAUAUUCCCCUUUGAAGUUACUUGCUGUUGUUGAAACACGAUUUGCUUCAAUAAUCAUCAUACUUAAAAGAUUGUUUCAAGUUGCAUAUAUUCUAAGAUUCACAGGACCUAUUUAUGAGAUGCUUCAAGUGGCUGACACGGAUGCACCUAUUCUCAAUAAGCUGUAUGAAAUGUGGGAUUCCAUGAUUGAAAAUGUAAAGAAAGAAAUAUACGAGCAUGAAGGCAAGGAAGACUAUGAGGAGUCUCCAUUCUAUGAUGUGGUACUCAAUAUGCUCAUUGAACGGAGGAGGCCCGAGUACAUUACAGGAGAAUCUAAGAAGUGGGACAUUGGUGGAGAUAAUUGGGAUGAACCAUUUGGAGGACCUAGGUUGCUUGAGAUUGCUUAUCUCAGACUAGAUGAGCCAGAGAUGGAGACAAGUAUAGUUGAGAAUGAUGACUAUGUUGAUGACGAUGAUGUUGUUGUUCUGUGA